AUGUUUGUUUCUACUGUUUCUCUCGUUCUUGCUCUUGCCACAUCUGCAGUUUUUGCGGUUCCAACCAUUCCGUCCACACAAGACGCCUCUGACAGUCUUCCAUUCUACUUUCCCGAAUCCACGUACCAACAGAUUCCUUAUGAUCACUCAUCCAGCCUCAUGGCUCCGUCCAAUACCGAUCCAGUCAAGACUGGUGUUGCGUAUCUCUGUGACAAACUCAAUCUCACACCUAACGAGUUCAAGGUUUACAAUAAUUUCACAGACAGUGCUGGCGUAACUCACGUAUAUGGUGCACAUCUAGUUAAUGAUGCACGUGUAUCCAAUCACCAAGCUGCAAUCCAUAUCCAAGACGGCCAGAUCAUCUCAUAUUCGACUUCGUUUGGUACUGAAAGCCAUUUUGCCAAAAGUGAGCUUUCAGUCGCAGAACCCAAAGCCAAACUGACGUUUGAACAGGUUGCUGAUACUGUAUCCAAAGCCAAGGGUUUGCCAGUUUACUCUGAGUUUAAACAUGAGCUCGAGUAUGUUCAACAGGCUGAUGGCACGCUUGUGUAUGCUUACAAAUUCCAGCUUCGCGACAAGAAUGUUAUUUCAUGGAUCCAAGUUUGGGCAGAUGCCGACACUGGCAAACUGAUCCAGGCUGUUGAUUUUGGUCAUCGUGCAACAUACAAGGCUAUCAAAGUUCCUGAUCUCAGUCCCAAUGAUGGAUUUUCAGACAUCAAAGAUCCAGAAUACAAACCAUCGUCACCUAAUGGAUGGACUGACGGAACUGUCACUCAGGGUAACAACAUUGAUGCUCUUGACUAUACAAAAAAACCGCCAGUUCCAGCAACCGGUGUUGACGGUGUAUUUGACACCAAGUUCAACCCCGCUGCUAAUGUUACCGAUCCAGACAACAUUCAGGCAGCAGCUGUCAAUCUGUUUUACAUUACUAACCUGAUACACGAUAUCACAUACCAGUAUGGUUUCAACGAGGCGGCUGGUAAUUUCCAAAAGGACAACUUUGGAAAAGGUGGUAAAGGCGGCGAUGCAGUCAAUAUCAAUGUCCUAGAUACUUCGAGUGCUGAAAAUGCCUUGUUUCACACUCCAGCUGAUGGCCAACCUGGCAUAAUGCUAAUGUUUCGAUUCAUUUCUACCGAGCCCAAUCGCAAUGGUGGUUUGGACAACCAAGUUCCUUUGCACGAAUAUGGACACGGUAUUUCAACUCGGUUGACUGGUGGGUCUGCAGCAGUUGAGUGUUUGUUUGAUGGUGAAGCUGAAGGUAUGGGUGAAGGCUGGUCCGAUAUAUUUGCCACAAUCAUAACUGCCAAGCAAUCACACAAAGCCGACACUCCAAUUGGCAUUGCUGCAUAUGUUGAUAAUACGACCAACGGUGUUCGCUCUCAUCCUUACACUACUGACAUGAAAGUCAAUCCUCUGACGUAUGCCGAUCUUCAAACUCGUGAAAAAUCUCACGUUAUGGGUGAAGUGUGGGCUUCUAUACUUUGGGAAGUCUACUGGAACUUGGUCACCAAGAACGGAUUCUCCACCAAUCUCUACGACGCCAAGGGCAAGUUUGGUAACAUUAUUACUAUGCAGAAUAUGAUUGGUGGUAUGAUGCUUCAGCCAUGCCAUCCCACUUUCCUUGAUGCUCGUGAUGCUUUUAUUGCAUCUGAUGUUGCUCGCUACAAUGGUGCCAACAAAUGCGAGAUCUGGAAAGGAUUCGCCAAACGCGGUCUGGGAGUCAAGGCUGCCAAGUUCAACAACGAUUUCUCAGUUCCUGAUGAAUGCAGUGGUGGUACUUCAUCGUCUAGCAGUGUCUCUAUUGCUACCACAACAGAAUCUACCACAGUAGAGUCUGCAACCGUAGGAGCUACAACCGCAGAAGCUACCACAGCAGAGUCUACUACCACAGAGUCUGCCACUACUGCAAGACCUACAACAACUGCACGCGCUACCACCACAAAGAAAUCUACUACAAAGAAAUCUACCACAAAAAGAUCCACCACUACUCGUGGUCCUAAGCCUACUUCUGGAUGCACUCGCAUGGACAUUUAUUUCAACUACAUUGGAAAAAGUUGCGAUCAAAACUAG